AUGACGGGUCCUUUGAGCAAGCGCCAGCAGGCGCGUAAUGAGGCGACUCUGCAAGAGCUGGUACAUUCCGUGCCAGGCAAUGACCAGUGCGCCGACUGUCACGCGCGAAAUCCAUCUUGGGCAUCAUGGAGCUUGGGCGUCUUCUUAUGCAUGCGCUGCGCUGCGAUACAUCGAAAACUAGGCACGCACAUAUCCAAGGUCAAGUCGCUAAGUAUGGAUGCAUGGACGAAUGAGCAAGUUGACAACAUGCGAAAGGUCGGCAACACUGCGUCGAACAAGAUAUACAACCCCGAGAACAAGACAGCAUCAGUCCCCAUUGACGUGGACGAGGCAGACUCGGCUAUGGAGAGGUUCAUCCGGCAAAAAUAUGUCAAUACUGUCUCAGGCCAGGCUGGGAAGCUGAAAAAACCUCAGCUGGAUGAGGGCACUCCGCCACCAUUACCGCCCAAGAACUCCAAGUUCGGAUUCAGAUCAGCCUCAUCAAUAUUCCCAUUGUCGUCGCGGGCGAAGAAGGAGGCCAAGGCAGCCGCUGCGCAGGAGCUUGCGAACUCCAAUUCUUCGUCCAACCAUGCGAACCACGCGAACAAACAGUCCAAAGUCUUUGGAGCUUCGGUAGACUACGGUCAGGACGACACAGACAAGAAGCUCGCGAGACUACGAGACAUGGGCUUCCAGGACGACCACCGAAAUGCAACUAUUCUCAAGGGAGUCAACGGCAACUUGGAGCGCGCUGUUGAGGCACUCGUUCGUCUUGGCGAGGGCGACAGAUCGCCAGGGCCCGCCCCUACAGCUGAACGGACACUGCGAACUUCAAGAUCGCUGACACCGGUAGGCUCGAAUGCUGCGGGUCUUAACCUGGGUUUGAGCGUGCCACAGAAGGACGCGACUCCAGAUCGCCCAACUACGGCUUCAGCAGCGUCUACGAACCCGUUCGAUAUCUUCCCGCCUGCCCAGCCCCAGACGGCUCACUCCACCGGGACGCUUCAAACCAACAAUCCUUUCAUAAACUCGACGAAUCCCUAUGGAACACCAGCGCAACAAGCCAGCCUUGUCACCCAAGCUUUCCAGAACAUGUCCUUGUCUCCAGUAGCUCAGCCUCUUUUCCCUCAUCAUACUGGUGGGGUCAUCUCGACCCCCCAUCAGUUCUCGAUGUACCACCAGUCACAGCCUGCGCCGUCAAUGCCUCAGCAAUAUCAGAACUUGAGCUUCCAGAAUAGCAUGACAUACCCCCAGCCUGCCACACAGCCUAUUGCACCACAGCAGACGGGCUACAAUCCGUUCUUCACGCAGGCACCGGCUCAGUUUCAGCAGCAGGCACCUCAACAAAGUCUAUCGCUUAACACCAACCAGGCUGCGGCAUAUGCGAACAAUCCCUUCACGCGAUCACCGACUAGGAUAUCAUCGCCCUCUCUCACCCAGAUUCCAGAGCAGUCUUUGCCGACCAUGUUCCAGAGCCCAACGCCACUUCAGCCUCACUUGACUGGAACGAAUCCCUUUUUGAACAAUGGCGUGCAGUACCCCCAGCAAGUGGUUCAGCAGCAACCUCAGUUUUAUGGACAACAGCAGCAACUUCAGCAACAGCAGCUGCAACAACAACAACUGCAGCAACAGCAACUACAACAGCAGCAGCAGUUUUACCAGCCUCAGCGUCAGGAUAAGGCGUCCAUCCUUGCGCUGUAUGGCCAACCGCAAGCAGCCCGUCCCACGGUCUCUGAUCCUAACAUACACGUACAAACGCCAACUAUCCCGGAGGACAGACCCAUGCCGAUGCAGGCCAUGCAUUCUGUAGCAGCUCCGGCGCAGUCACCUCUGAGCGCGACGCAGCCAGUGGCAGGAAACAACAACCCGUUUAUGAAGAGCGGACCUGUAGCGGUAGCCCCAGACCCCUUUACCACAGAUCGCAAGAUUAGCAGAGAAAGCAUGAACCUGGGUAUGGACAUGGCUUGGACGAAUGGACGGCACAGCCCCGAUGCCUUUGCAAGCCUCAGUGCGAGACACGGCUGAACAGCUGGAGGAGUUGGAGAAGGGUUGUGAUUGGUUUUGGUUUUGCUUGUUUUGUCUUGAUUCCGUUUUUUCUGCUUUUCUUUUACAUCGGGCGCAUAUGCCAGAACAAAGGGUCUGGCAAAUUUGUUUUAUUAUAUAUGCCUUGUGAUGACUGGGCCUCAGAGGGUUAUUAAAAUCUAUACCUGAUAAGUUGUUUGGGUAGCGAGAUGGAUAAAGGGCCCAUCUACCUAGGAUGUAAGUAGUGGUCAUAGCAUACAUGAAUGUACAUUGCAGACGGCCGACAAGUCUGCAGAUGC